AUGUCUACAACGUUCGUCAAGAGUGCCAAAUCGACCUCAGGAAAUACGAUCGGAACCUCACUUCCUUCCUUUUCAAAGGAUAGAAAAUUGGAUAUCACGAAAGAAGAAUUGAACAAAAUCGAACAGUGUAUGAAAGAUCCCGAAUUUUUGAGGCUGUUUGAGGAAUAUGCCAAGGAAAUUUCCGAUCCAAAUACUUUGAAAGAAACCGAUUUGUAUAUUAAACAAUUGGAACAGGAAGGAAGUAAAUUACCUGACUCGAUUGUUAUUCCGAAAGCGAGUUUUUGUAUUCAAUGUUCUUCGACGGAUAAGAAAGCAAAACAGUACUUUGUAAAUAUUUGUUCAAGUGAUAAAGUGGAAAUGUACAAGGAAGAAAAAGCUACACAACAGAAUAAGAAGGGUACUCAGUUUAAAAUCCCUUUAAUUGUUGGACAUCCAAGAGACUCUGAAAAAGAAACAGUCAUUGACGUUGUGUUUAACACAAAGACUUGUGAAAGAGCCUUGAAAGAUUUAUUAUUUAAGAAUUUUAUUUGUGAACUUUCUUUGGAUUAUGUUGAAAAGAAAUGUAAUGUGACCCUCAAAAAGAAUUAUUAUACUGAAGUUCUUGGAUUAAAGAGUAAGGGUGAUCCUUCUUCUCUCACCAUUCAAUCGUUGUUAAGUAACGACAGAGAAAAAUUUGAACCCAACUCAUUGUUAAAGUCUUUUGGAAAGGAAAUUGAAACUCACAUGAAAGAGGAUGAUCAUGACAAGGAAUUACAGAUGCCACAGCCAAAGACAUCUACAAAAUCUAAUUUAAUUCAAGAAGUGAAUGAACCAAUGACUCCCAAGUUUGAAAUUGUAUAUAAGAAUGCGUUUGACAUGUCUGAAUACACCUAUUCAGCGUACACAAGCUCCAACCGAACAAAACCAUCAGAAAUUGGAGUACGAAUUUUCCUUCCUCAUCUUGAUUCGGCUGCAGGUGUCGAUUUGGACGUCUCUGAAAACUUUUUAAAGCUUGAUUCUACGCAAUCGGCCAAAUAUCACCUCGAGGUACAUUUACCGUACAGUGUUUUCAGUGACAAGGUUUCAGCUAAAUUUGACAAGAAAACAAAAACCCUGAAGGUGACGCUUGCAGUCAUACCAGAUCCCAUUCAACCGGUUGCUUUUGAAGAUAUUCCAAAAGAGGAAGAGGAAACGACCCAACACAAGCAUGUAGAUACCAAUGUAAAGACUUCAAAACUGGUAGAGGAGAUUGCGUCAACAUCCAGUCCACAAGAGGAAAAAUUGGACCAAGCGACAAAAUUACCUUCUCUCACUCAAAUUUCUGCACAGAAAUUGUCUUCGUUUGUGCAAACCGUGCCAAGUGAAGUAGAUGUAGCUUUGACAAGUUCACAAGCUCAUUCAUUAUCAGCCCUAACACAACCACAAGAGAGCAAUAAGAUCGUGGUUACAGAACCAAGCGUGACAAAAAAGAAGGUCUCGUUCAUGGAAAGCAGCAAUUCUUCUCAGGCACAACAAGUUCCUCAACAGGCUACAGAUUUCAAGAAUAAGUAUUUAUUUGAUUUAGAUUAA